UUUGGCCGCUUUGUUGCAGGUUUGUCGGAGGUUUCUGCAGAUUUUAGCUUGUGUGUUGCAGAGUGCUGUAAUGGAGCCGAGCUGGAGUACGUUUUUAUUCCAAGUAAGUGCCACAACCUCGCAGCAGUGCGGGAAACUGCGUGAACAUGAUAUAAACUACGUAGAAAUAAUUAGACAGAUUUUGGUUUUUCACUUUCUGGAAGGAAAUCGUGUUAUCGGAGAAAAACAAAGGUGUUAGCCUGUCCGCUUAUUAGCCAGUUAGCUCCGCUGUGUGGGAUGCAUUAGCACAAUGCUAACCCAGUGCUGAGCAGUUAUAUCGAACCCGAGACCUCCGACUGUGUCUGCUCUGUCUCUGGGCCUGUCGGUCUGGAUCGUGGUAACCAUCCGACCCCCUUUCUAACUUAUUUUGAGAAAAGAUGAGAUCCUUCCCGGUCAGCACUGAAUAAACCUGAAGCUCAGCAGUUGCUUUGCUGUUCAUGCGCGCGCAUUAGCAAAUUAGCUAGCAUGUGUAGCUAGUGCAGCUGCACGAUAGUGAGUUAUUCGAAGCUAACCGUAUGGCAGCACAGUUAUCGUCCUAUGAAUGCUGAUAACAAUAUAAGGAGUGCAGUGUUCAACGCACACUGAGCUUUCUGUGGAUGAACUCAUGUUUAUACAAACUAAUCGGGCAUCACAUUGUACAGUGAGCUCGAGCUAAUGCUAACGUUGUAAACUGAUGGCUAACUAGCACGCGGACAGCAGAGAUUUAAGCACACUUAACAGUAAACCUUUUUUAUUUAUCUCUUAAUGCCUAACUUUGUCAACUUUCAAAACAUUUUCAACACAGUUUAACGUCUUCCUUAGUGUAAACUCUUCAAUAUAGUGUUUUCUUUUUGAGAAACUUAAUUCGACAUGUGCAGCUAGUUCAAAGAACUUUUACAAGUCGCGGACAGGGAUUUACGGGCUUCUGCAGACAUAAACCAAACGAUGGUUUUGGUUAAAUACAGUACUGUGAUGAUAAGGCUGUGCUGGAGUCAGAAAGAUUUCAAUAUCAGGAGAUUCUAAAACCUUAGCACAGAAACUAUUGCAGUCAAAAACAAGGCAAUGUGUCCAGAAAAGUGGUAAUCUUAUCCCUCAUGGAAAUAACUUUUAGUUUACAUCUUGUUUUAUUGCCGUUCAGAUUAACUGUGCUAGUCUGAUAAGAGAGUAAUUUGUUACUCAAACUGAACAAAAGCUGCACAAUAUUGGAAAUGAUGAAUAUCUUGGGAUCACAAUAUGUUUGCCUCUUGCACUUUGAGUUGUAAUAUUAUUUAAAACAGGAGUUUUAGAUGAGUGCAGCUUACAGCCCAGGUACACAUACACAAUUAACACAUCUUAUUUUAAAAAACUUGAUCUUUAUGUCUGUUUCCAGUCUUGCGCUACUUUUAAAACUUCCUUUCUCCCCUCCAUCAGCAGCUAUCACACCUUUAGAAGCAGAAAGAUGAGGGGGAGAGGAAACAUGUUUACAUUUUACAGUCAUGUGACACAUUAGUCUAGACCUUGCAUGCACAGUGGUCGGUUCCCUGUGUGUUCAAAGUGAAGACUUGUGCUUAAAUGAUAUCAGAUUGAACUUUGAUUUAGAUUAAUCAUUGAAUACAAGAAACUGGUGUACUUCAGGUUGUAUGACAGACAUUGUGUAUCCUGUGAUGUGACUAUUAUGAAGGCGCAUAUUGCAAUUGCAAUUGCAACAAUCAACAAGAUAUUGUUCGGCUCUAUACCACACAACUGUCCAAAGGAUCUACACUGAAAUCACAAACCUGCUGACUGAGAUUUUGUUUUUUAUUCUCUGGCUCAAAAAGUUGUGAUUAAUCUCUACACAGUGUAGCCACAGCAGAAUACAAAAACAUUAAACGAUGAUGUUAUGAAGUAGCAGCAGUUCCCCGGGGAUCAGAGACUUCUUUAUAGUCAGACAAGUUUAUUCUGCUCACUGAAAGUUGUUCUGAAAUCCUAUAAGGGAAGGUUAUUGAUCUCCCCUGCAGUCUCAGAAUUAUUUACCUUUGCUUGUAUUCGUGACAUUGUCAUAACAGAAACAUGAUGGUCCCCUUGAGUUCUUUUAGUAUUAUUGUUUUAACAUGGCAGGAGAUAAAUUCAUAAUGUGUGCAAACAGACACUACAGCGCAUCAAACAUGACUGCAAUUCCCAUGAACCAUGUUGGUUUAGGAUUAAGGGAGGCAGUCAGAGCUGUGUCUGUUUUUCAUUGUUGUGUUUCUGCAGUGAGAGAAAUACAUCACUAAAGUUAUUAAAUUGAACUAACAUUGUUUGGGGAUUUUCUGUGCCAAUUUAAAAAUGUGAAUUUAUGUUUUAACAUGUUUUAACACACUGGUUCUCAAGUCCAGUCCUCGAGGCCCACUGUCCUGCAUGAUUAUGAUGUCUCCCUGCUCCAACACACCUGAUUCAAAUGAUCAGCUCGUUAUCAAGCUCUGUAAUGGCUUAAUAACGAGCUAAUCAUUUGAAUCUGAUGUGUUGGAGCAGGGAAACAUCCAAAACAUGCAGGACAGGGGGCCUCGAGGACUGGACUUGAGAACCACUGUUUACACAUUUAAUAUAGCACAACUUCGCCAUGGCGGCAGGAUAUAUAACGGUAUGAGUUAACUUUAGUCGCGAUCUUGUCCGUAUUCAGUGAGGUAUGCUUGAGUGAGUUCUGUCAAUAUUACACUAACAGAAGUUGUGUUGAACUCACAAAAACAUUAAGAUAAUGAAAAACAAAUCCUAGUCUGUGAGCUCAUAAUCAGAAUAUUUUUCCCCAUGUGAGGAUUUCAAAGGUAAUCAAGAUUCCCCUGUCAUGAUAACAGUGGGAAUAAGUGGGAAAAUUAUUCAUGUUAACAUCAUACAAUUAUUUCAGUUUUAGUGUUUUAAAACUGUCUGUUGUUGAAAUGUAACAGUUUCCUCAUCAGACUUAAACUGAAGUGUAAGGCUCAUGUUCAAAGAGACUGUAAAGUCCGAGUGGUGGAUGUGAUGGAGCUUCAGUUGCCAUGGUGUUUGUCAUACUUAAAGAGCAGAGCUUGUGUGUCUGUGUGUGGGGGCAGUUAAAGAGCUGCAGCUGUUAGUGUUGGUGACAGGUUGGUGUAAUGGCAGACAGAUUACCUGGAAGGAGAGAGGUUCAGCUCAUGUGAUGAAGCUUUAAUGAUGUCCUCUUGUUAUUGUUCUGCAGUGUUAUGAUGAAGCUGAGGCUGCUGGAGGGAGGGGGGAGGGGGGUGACCCACAAAUGUUGUUUGUUUCAAAACUUCAGCCAUAUUGUACUUAUCAUUAACAUUUUUUAGAUGUUUCGUUCCGUUGUGUCUCAAAAAAGGAGGACAAGUUUGAUGGCAUAAUAACAAAUCUCAAAGGAGGAAAAAAACCUGCUUGAUUAAAAUGUAGGUAUUUCAAAGUUUCACCAGUUUUUCUGUAAGUUUUUUAAGCACAGAAUGAACCACAGCGUCUCUAAAACAGACUCCGUCACAGCGAACCCUAAUGGUGCCUCGCAGUGACACAAACAAAGACAGGAUUAGUUGUAUUUGUACUAUUUCUUGUUAAUUUCCGUGACUCUUUUUUUUGGUGGUGUUUAUCUUGGACAGGCACUCGGCCUUCACAACAGAUUUGAGUCAAAGAUUGGAGCAGCGUGGUGGAACAGCAGGCCGCUCUGCUGUGUUUCUGCCUGUCUAUGACUGCACACACACAUGCUAGCAGAAAUGCUAAUUGCAGUAAUGAUUGCAGUGUGAGUGCUGCUACAGUGUGGAGGAAAUAAAAGCAAGUCGACAACCUGUGACGGCCCCCGGCUCUCAGCACCACGCUCACACACACAGCAUGGCCGCCUGCACCGUGUCCGGCAGCUGAAUGGACGCCCUCCCCCUCAGCCCCCCUGAGGGCCAUAAGUGCAUCAGUAGUUGGAUUUGUGUCGUCCAUAAAAGAACACAGUGGGGGGAAAAAGCAGCACUUGGGAUACACCCCCCUCUCACCCCCCCUUGUAGCUGACUGGGUUGGGAUGCUUGGCUGAACCUGAAAGGCGCGGGUCAGGUCUUUAACCCUGGCCGCUGGUGAUUACAGAAAAGAACAAGGCGCUCUCCAUCGCCUCGUCUCUGGGAUGACCUGUUGUAAAGUUGCUGCUUACAUCGCGGAUCCCUGCUUCCCCCGGACAAAAUAUUCAUACAGCCCCCCCACCCCCUCACCCCCACCUUCUGUUGGUCCUGUCCCACAGGGGAUCAGCCAUGACCAAUCACACAAUGCCUGCCAGCAGCUGCAGACUUAAGAUGUCCUCCAAACACUGUUUUGCAAGGGGUUAAGUUUUCUGUGCGUGUCACUGCUUUAUUUAUUUAAGCUGCGCUUCUUUAUUGUCUCAUUUUAAUGUGGCACCUCAGACUUAAAUACGCAGGUUUUUGUAAUUUGAAGAAUCCCUCAACAGAACACCUGCUCGAAAAAAGCUAACCGUAGUAGAAUGAGUGUAGAGGGUUGAAUCUGAUGCUAAAGUGCUGUCUUCGAGACUUGGCGUCUUAAUGAGAGGUUCAUUUUAUUUUUGUCGAAAUGAUGGUAGGUCUUGAUGACUGUGACGUUGAUGAGCUAAAUCUACUUUUUAAGUGUUUUAACAGCAUUUGACACUCAGCUUUGUUAGCGGACAUGAAAACGCCUCUUUUUUUCAGUCUUGUAAACAUACAGUAGCGAGCAUAAUGAUAUAAGGAGUCCAGAGUGAGAAGCUCCUGUCCCAGCCUGACUGUUGAAGCACCUCUGGACCUGUGAGGCAAUAAAAGAUGUUUUCAUUAUUAGUGAUUAAUCAUAUGAAUUAAUGUAGAACCCAUAAACAUUUACAGUAAAAAUGAAAAUCCUUGUCAAAAAUGAGAAUUUUGAAUACCUUAUUAUCCAACACAGCUACAUGUUUAAAUGCCUUUAGCAAGCAUUUAAUUAAGAAUGAAACGUUUGAAUAUAGUGUGCAACAAAUUCCCAGAAGUGAGGUAUCACAGGUAUGAAGUUUUCUGCUUUUUUCUUGUGUGAUGUAUAGAAGAUCAGGUUGAGUUGAGGGCAGGGUAUAGGGUGAGACAGAGUAGUGAGUGAAAACAAAUCCAAUAGCAGAGUAAAGGUCAUGUACGUUUAGAUUCAUUGAUUAAUAAAAAAGUGUUUUCACAGGACAGCACUUGGUGAAUUUUGCUGUUAUAUAUUGCAGUUAUGCACUAUGCUGAUGUAAUGUUGGCACUGUUUUGUAAUCAGAUCAUUGCAUCAGACAAGAUACGAGUUAAACAGCCUCUGAGGAAGAAAGGUGAUUUGUUUUGUGGCCACCGUAUGCGACGCCUUUUGCUAUUACUGCGUCAGAACAUGAAAACACGUCUGCACUGAGGCUCAGUUUGAUAUGUUCUCUCUUUCCCUCCAGCGCAGUUUGAAUGUAAUUUACUUCUUUUAUAUAUAAAAUCUAUACUCUGUGCCUGUGCCCUCACAUCUUGGUUUUAGCACAUAGGGUUUGAUAUGCAGUAACAUAUUUUAUGUGAGAUUGUCCUCUAUCUGAUUUUACAGUUAUUGCUAUUAUUACAUAGUGAGCCAUGAAAAACCCUGAAUAUUGCCUUUAUUGGUAUUACUGGUGACAGCCUUCCAUCUGAUUGUUGAUGCCUGCCUUGAUCAAACUUCCAUACAAGUACCAAAGUAGAGCUGGGUGAUAAACCGAAAAUUUACUGAAACCUAAAUUCAUGACAAUAACGGAUGUCAUUUUUCCAAUGUCAAUAUAUAUUUGGUGUCAAAAAAAUAAAUAAAUAAAAGUUGGUUUUGGAUGUGUAGGUCGGCUAUGGUCUCAUUUCCCUUUUAAGACGUUGUCUUUCGGUGGAGACAUGACUCCACCCCAUCCAGUUUGUAACAAAGAGGGAAAGACAGGUGAGGAGAUGGAGGACAGUUCAAAAGUUGUAGUGGCUGAAGUAGCCGAAGUUAAUGUGGGAGAGGGUGAGCAGCUUGUGGAGCAGUUAUCCUUGAUUUAUCAUUAUCGAGGUGAACUGCUCAAUAUAUCAUGAUAUUGAUUUGAGGCCAUAUCGCCCAUCCCUCAACCAAAGCCAAUGAGAUGAUGCUUUGAUUGUUUUGAUAUGAUCCCUGCUUUUGAUGCCUGACCUCAAACCAGCGUUUCUUUGUCAUGACCUUGUAUUUUUGUAUUAACAUGAUUUUCUAUGUCUCUUGUUACAGCAGGCCAAUGAGGCUCUGCAUCACCAGCACCAGGUAGCCGGGAAUAGUCUGUUGCCUUUGCUCAGUUCAGGAUCUGAGCCGCCUGAUCAGAAACCAGUGCUGCCCAUCCCUUUGGACCAGAAACCCCCUGUCAGUGCAGCAGAACUUCUUAAAGACAAUGUGGCCAGUGGUACAGGUGGAGGAGGAGGGGGAGGGCCUCCUCUUGCUGUGGUCAAAAAAGAACCCAAGUCAAAGACGCCCUUCAUCUGCGGUUACUGCAACAAAGCUUUCAGAGACAGCUAUCACCUGCGGCGGCACGAGUCCUGCCACACCGGCAUCAAGAUGGUGUCCAGACCGAAGAAGACUCAGACAGCCCCCACCAUGGUGCCCCUUAUAUCUACAGUACCCCGAGAGAACAACGCCAACCAGUCUUAUAUCACUACUGUAGCUGGAAUCCUGACAACGGCCACCACGUCUACGUCCACAGGCACCAGCAUCAUGACCCCAAUGCAGCACCAGCAGCAGCAGCAGCAGCAGCAGCAGCAGAGCGUCCCCAAGAAGCCCCCCAAACCUGUGAAGAAGAACCAUGGCUGUGACAUGUGCGGCAAAGCCUUCAGAGACGUGUACCACCUAAACCGUCACAAGCUGUCGCACUCCGACGAGAAGCCGUUUGAGUGUCCGAUCUGCCAGCAGAGGUUCAAGAGGAAGGACCGCAUGACGUAUCACGUCCGCUCCCAUGACGGAGGGGUCCACAAGCCUUACAUCUGCUCUGUCUGUGGGAAGGGCUUCUCCAGGUAAGUCUGUGAAGGGGACCCUGAAACAAAGCUGGGGUACAUGGUAGCAGUUUCUAUGCUAUGUGCUAAUGGUUCAUUUAGGUCUCAUUAAAUUCUGUUUGUCACCCCUGUAAAAUUCCCCUCAUAUGACCCACUAUCUGUCUUUUAUUGAAUAUUUUGCGCUCAUACGCUGAAGGAUUUGUCUUUAUCUCCUCUUCCAGACCUGACCACCUCAGCUGUCAUGUAAAGCACGUCCACUCUUCUGAGAGACCGUUUAAGUGCCAAGUCACGGUAAGACUCUCCUACUUCUUUCUCUUCUGUUUAUUCCAAUUUAAGAUUAGUGACAGUAUUGGUAUACGAUGAUCAAAUUCAAUAGUUACCAAAAUAUGAGACAGCCACCCUUUGACCAGUCUUUGUAAAAUGUUCAUGUGUAUUUUUGUGUUGAUAUAUGAUCCCAGAGGUGUGGUCGGGAUCCUGAGAUGCUCAAAGAAAAAUUGAACUGUUUCUGUGUCGCAGGCCUGUACCUCUGCCUUUGCUACCAAAGACCGUCUGCGCUCCCACAUGAUCAGGCAUGAAGGUAAAGUCACCUGCAACAUCUGUGGUAAGAUGCUGAGUGCUGCCUACAUCACCAGUCACCUCAAGACGCACGGCCAGGCCAGUUUCAACAACCCCUGCAACAAUAAAGGUAAGACCGGCUCAAGGACUCUGCACACGUGAUCAAAAUGACAUGAAAACAGCAGCGUCCAAAACACAGUAGACACACACCUGCCAACAUUCUCACAGAUGCAUCUAAAAAAAUAAAGUUACUAAAACUUAAUUUAAUUCAAAAAGGCAAACUCUUAUAUAUUGUUAUACUGUAUUCAUGACAUGUAAAGAGAGCACUUUGAACAUGUUUUUGUCUUAAUCCUGAUGAUUUAGACUUCAAGCUAAAACCCAGAAAUCCAGUGCUGAAGAUAUUAGAUCAUGUUCAUAAUCUUCAAGGGAUUUUCAUUUAUUUACUCAGUACUUGGGCUCCCUACGUCCAAGUUCUGCAUCAGUGCAGAGGGGCUUAGACCAGAGGCAACUACCUGUUGCACUGCUGAGGUGUUAUUGAAGCCCAGGAUUCUUUGAUUACAGCCUUCAGCUCGUCUAUUUUUCUUAAGCUCAGGUUUUUCCUCAUCUUGCCCUUGACCAAAGACAUUGAGAUAUAAGAUACAAGUCAGGUGAUUUGGCUGCUCAUCCAGCACAGUAAUGUCAUUGUCAGCUAUCAUUGGGCAGUAGUUUCAGCGCUUUGGGUGGGCGCCAGUUCUCACUCGAAAAUGAAAUCAACACGUCAUAAAGUGUAAAGAUGAAAAGAUAUUUACAGAUGAAAACUGAAGUUUUCACAAGUGUUGGAAUGGCUGCAUUGACUUUGGCUUUGAUCGAAGACAGUGGGCCAAAACCCGCAGAUGACUUGGCUCGUGGCUAUCACUGGAUCAACAAUCAAUGACAUCACAUCUCUUGUUCAGCACCCUUUCUGUGUUGUCAGAAUAAAGCCAUAGAAAUAAUGACAAAAACACACAGCCCCUGUCACUCUUGGGCUAAUCUUAGAAUUGAUUAAUUAAUGUUCAUCUAACCACUGUAUUAUUGUGGUGUGCUAAACCCAAUAACAAGAGUAGUUAGCUUAAGUUCGUAAAAGCACUAGAUUGAUGCAGACAGCAGCUUGGACAGUAGAGUUAAAGACGGAUGGAGAUGUUCAAUAACAUAUAAGUGCUGAAUGCAAACACACUGGAAACCUCAGACUAUUUAAGUUUCCUUGACGUUAAUUUUGGUCAGCUAGAGUUUAUUUGUGGACUGUUGAAUAAAAGACUAGUUACUGGGCUUUUGUUGUCUCCACAAGCACCUUCCUGUUGUUUGAUCAAUGCCCUCAAAUCUGUUUUCCCCUAUGCAGUAAAACACAUGCCAAAUACAGGCCUGAUGACAGCCUGGCAUCACCCUGAAGUGCCAUGAAGCCUAAAUGUUUGAUAUACAACCCCUCCCCAUGAACACUGUUGAAGCUGUUCCCCAGAUGACAGCCCUGCUGUCCUGUACUCUUGUAAUCCCCUAUGUGUCUGUAUUUCCGACUAGGCAUAAGUGACUGGCAGUGGAACCACUCAGGGCCACGAAAAGGUAAACCAGUAGCUAGUAGCAGAAACCCCAAACACCAUAUUACCCUCAAAGUGGCCAGUUUUUCUUCAACUUUCAUGUCACUGAAGUAAAGAGAUGAUUUGUUUCUCAGGAAUGCAUUUAUUUAAGGUUCACCUGUCGUGACGAUGUAGAGCUUUGUUUAAUGUAAGGUUAAAUUUCAUAAAGCAGGAUCAGUAGAUGUUUGAAAUGAACCACAAACUGGACCAUAACAUUGAGCUUGAUGCACACUACCUGUCCACCAAUCACAGAUAAAUCUCUACCCCCCAUGACUUUGUCCAAUUUUUGAUGAUAAAUCGGCAUGUUCAAAUAUUUACUCCAGAGUAUUAUAAACUAUAAUGUUACUGGUAAAUGCUUUAUUGAAACAUGAUUACCCAGUACAGUUAUUCCCAGGUAAAAAGGGGUCAGGAAUUACCCGACCACCAGCUCACUUUCUCACAGCAUUGGUGAGACAAGCUGACAAAGAACCUGAGCUCACCUGGGAUCAGACUGUUGGUCCUGCAGGAAUGUGUGCAUCCAGCUGUAGACUUGAGAGCAUUAGAUCUAUUUUACGAUGAGUAAAUCUGUGUUUCCACCACAAUAAUUUCCUCUGGGGUCUGGGGACAUUAGACGGCUGAAUAAAUUUCUAGGUAUUCGAUUUUACCCCCAGACAGUCUCUGUUUGGGGGAUAGUACUCUUAAAAAUUUAGGGGCAUCAGGAUUGGGUUUUCAGGGUUGGGACUCUAGAGGCUCUUUCACACACUGGCAGAGCAACUUAAUGGCUCCUCGGCCUCCAAAAAGAAGUGUCUGGGACUUUUGGUGGAGAUGCAGCUUUACUGUUUCAAUUGAAAGUUUUAAAUGAAAGCAGAUGGACAGUUAGCUGGUUAGUCUAUUGAUCCUGCUUUUUGAAUUUACCCCUCAGGUGAGUUGACGGUAGGAGAGAUUUUAAAUAACUCCUUCCAAGUCCUUAUUGACAACUCUCACAAAGGUAGGUUCUUCAUCCAUACUCCCACAGUUGUCACAAUGUUUUAAUGAUGAUGUGUUGAUGUUUCAGUGACCAGACAAACACCCUCAUAGCGCACAAGGCUGCUGGCUCGCCAUGUUUUGGACAGGAUGUGCAUCCAAGAGGCUGAUCAGAUCUAAACUUUCCGUCGUUAUGUCUUUCUUGUUUUUACACAGAGGCCAACAACGUGCACAACAACUCGGCCACCACAACGCCAGUCACCAACUCGGCAUCCAUCUCCUCAGCUGUGAACCGCGGCCCCAAUGCCAGUAAUCCUGUAACCAUCGCAGCGCAAAUGAACAUCGCCACCAGCACAGUCAACAUCACAUCUCCGGUCAACCUGCAGCACCCGGUCACGAUUACCGGCCCCGUCAACCUGGCUUCCGUCAACAUCCCGACCACUGCACACAUGAAUAUCGCUCACCCGGUGGCCAUUACCACGCCCAUGCCCAUGAAUAUCACAGGGCCACUCAACAUCGCCAUGAGACCCAUGGAGAGCAUGCCUUUUCUAUCCCAGGUCCUGCCUUCCUCCCCGCCCUGGUAGAGCUGGUUUUAAACGCGUGUUAGAGCUGAUAAUGUUAUAACUGUCUGAUAACAGAGUCAACUGUCAGGUAACUGUAAUGUGGUAGAACCUGAAACCUUUGAAGUUAAUGAUGGAUGAAACAGAACCAAGUCCUGUAGACUGCGUUAAGGUCGUUGUUAGAGGGAGGGGUAUCAUGCGUUUUUUCGGACUCUAUAUUUCCUUCCUGAUAUCUCUUAAAAAGCUUUAUGUGAUUUUCAGAUCAAAAACAGCCUCAAAUUUCUCACAGUUGUGUCAAAAUCUCUCUUUAAGGCCGCCUAUUCACAAGCCCACUGUCUUCUGAUUGGUCGUCUCUCCCAUUUGUCUCCCAUUUACGCACAUUUUUCAGAUAUUUUAGCGGUUUACAUCUACUUUCCAAGAUUCUUGCAGCAUACGUUUACCUUGUGAUUUGAAACUUUGCAUACGUGCAGUAUUGACGGCAAACUUUGUAACUUUCUGGUUUUCAUCGUAAAUCUGGGAAAGCAUGAUACCCGUCCCUUUAAGGCAUUAUUCAUCAGUUAUUUCUUUUUUUGUAUUUAUAUAGGAAGUACAUUCUCAGUCAUUUUUGACCCGCAGUGUUAGAAUUGAGUAAGACCGUAGGGAUUAAGAACGGUUUUGUGGAGUCUGUUUUUGGCUCACUCGUGUAAAGAUAAAUUGAUAAAAUGAAGGUAUUUCAUCACAUUGAUGAAAAACAUUGAUAAAGUAUCGUCCCACUUAAGCCCCGCCCAGUAACUUGAAUCCCUGAAUAAUUAAUUAGUUGUACUCAGAUUUUGCAUUUUUUUGUUGGGUUUGUGGUCAGAGUCUGAUUUUUAUGAAAGUCUUUUUUUUAACAGUAAAAAGACACAAUUUAAAACAUGAAAAAGCACCAAAAAAGCUUUCAAAUGGUUCUAAAACUGCUAAUUUCACCACGAAUUAACUGUGAAAGUCAGAUAACCUUGUGUUUCUUAGAUGAACUAUGCAGCAGACAACUUUAGACCACGUUUUUGCAUGCAGAUUAUGUUGGGGAAGGAUGUGUAAAGGGUUUAAUUUGGAGCAGAUAUGCUGUGUAAAUACGAGACGUUUAAUGCCAAAGAUGUAAGUAAAGUGUUUCCACUUAAAUGCUGCAUUAUAAAAAAGACAAGGGAAAUCCUUUGGACAGCAUUUAGACCACAGUGAGGUGCUUAACUUACCUUUUAAAACUACAAUUACAAACCCUAGCACCCUCAGGCUUCCAUUUGCAUCUUACUCAUUCGUGUUAGGAAAAAAGACCUACAACUUCUUAUAAUUACUUUUUAUCAUCUGUUAAUUCGUGUCUCAAGAGGUUCCUCACAUGUACAGAUUUCAUCCCCCUUUAAAAAGGAGUAUUUUCUUCCAUGUUGACACAGUUGAAUGUUAUCAGGCAGUUCUGACAGUAUCGGCUGCGACAGCUCACCCUCACUGUUUGUAUUUAUCCCCUGUUUACUCCUGUCCCCGCUUCACUAGUUUUUCUCUGACAGAUAGGUGAGGAUGAGCUGGUUUGUGGCAGCAGUCGACACACAGCAUGCUGCAGGAAGGAGAACCCUCUAGAGCCCUUUUAUCGGACUUGUUUUAAGUUCUGUUUAGCCGCAGAAGGACCGCGUAGGUUUUGUUCAAGUUAACCAGCUUCGAAGAUGAUUUCCUCAGCUGAUCAUGUGACUUCAAAUGUGGGUGAUGUAUGACACCUGAGGCAUUGUUUCACAGCUACUUAAAUGGAAGUGUAUCGCUGGACUUGUUCUUCAAUGCUUCCUCUUAAGGCAUAUUUUGUUUCAUGUUCUUUUUUUAUAUUGUUCUUUUAGUGGACUUAUCAGUAUUUGAUAGUUUAUGUAUUUUAAAGUUAAACAAAGCUUCCAUUUUGGGGGAGGGGGAGUUGAGUGAUAAUGUAGAUUUUACUGAUGGUUCUGUCGAUGAUCCAUCAAUGAUCUUCUCCCCCACUGUGUCUAUAUUUCAACAUUGCUGGAAACCAGUCACUGCUGGAUCUCUGCACAUGUUUAACAGUGACACGUGUUUGUAUGUAUUUAUAAAUCAGGACAAGACGGUUGAAGGUACAGCAAAGAUGAAAUUUCUCAAACUAAAGCAUGUCACUGAGGUCUCGCCUUUUUAAAAUGGCAGUAUUAUCAAAGGUCAAAGGAUUUUAAAUCUGAUUACUGAUGCUUUUCUAACUGUAGAGGUCAAGAGCGACACCCAGUGGCCUGUUAGACUGUGUGCUACAUGAGCAGUCCCAAAGUGAACUCUUGUGCUUUGUUCUGUUGAUUAGUUUACUUUAGCAGGUGUAGGAUCCCAUCACUGUCAGUCAAACUCAGGAACGUUACUGAGAAUAGUUUUCAAACAUUUGAACACUGAUCAUUUCUUUGUAAAUAUCAAACACUAUCUGAUUGCCUUUCACCUGUGGGAGUGAGGAAAACUCCGCGCAACACAGGUAACAAUGCAAGAACUGUAUCACUUCUAAUGUGACCGUCCAUCCGGAGAGUACAGAGAAACCAGCAGAGUGUCAACAAAGGAAAAGGCUGGAGUCAGGCUCUUCUUUUUAGCAACGUAGUAGACAAGACCUAAACCCAUCAGUUGAUCCUUUGAACAACCAUCAUAUGUGUGGUUGCAGCUUGAUAUGGCUUAUAACUUAUAUCAAAUAGCUGUUAUGUUGAUUUUAAAAAAAAAAAAAAACAUUGGAAACACAGAACGGUUUACCUUUCGAGUUAAACCAAGACUUACUCGAUUGACACAUAGGUGCCUGUAUUUUUACUACUGAUGGAGAUACGAUUUUUAUUCUUAAGUUAUUCUUCCGCUGCAUGUGUGACUAGUAAGAAGAGUCCAUAAUUCUUGCGUCAGAAUUUUAGUAAACCUCACACUUCAACAACGGUCUCGCAUUUUCGUGUGUUUAUAUAACAAAAUAUGUCAACCUUGCGAUUUGAAAACCAAACUUAAACUGCAGUUUUUAUCGUAAAUGUGGAAAAGCAUGGUACCCCCCUUUUAAUGGUUUUCCUCAUUUGAGGAUCUGUUCUUAGGUAAAGCAUCCUCAGUAAUACUCCAACAUGGUUCAGACUUCUCUCCUUGGAAUCUCUUUGAUUCAGGCGUAUCUAUUAUUAAAACUGCUCCCUGUUCAAUACUGAGGAAGACUCCUCUCUGAUUUAGACUUCUGUUUGUGGUCAGAUAAAAGCCAUUUCAUUCUCCAACAAAAAGGCCCUUGGGAGCCUUCAUUCCAAAUUGGUCAGUCAUUAUCAGACACUAAAAUCAGCACUUUGAGAAGAAACCUCAGAGCAGGCCAAGUUAACCCAAAGGGUUACAUUCUAGACAGCCACAGCUGGCUGCUGACGCAUCCUACUGAAGAAAGUGUAGAGUUGAAAUCCAGAUUCCCUCUAAAAGUCCCAGGUUUUAAAAUAAUUUAGUUUUAAUUUAAUUGACAAAUUUGAUUUUAGUGCAGAGUAGUCAUCACUCCAGCCUUUACCUUUGUUUGACAAACUUUCUCUGUGGAUCUGACUCACUUAGCUUGGCGUGUUGUUGUUCCAGCUGUAAUCUUAUUGUUUCCUAUCAUGACUGGAAAGUUGAGGCUGUGACCACAAAGGAGGCUUUAUGUACUAUUAGUUAAUUAUUAGAGUUAAAGUGUCUUAAAGGGUUUCCACAGAUAUCUGUCACCUUCCUACUACAGUAUGUUACAUCACUCGAGGUGAUGUAAGCUAACAUUAUUGCUGCCUUGCAGACUAACAUGUUUGGCUGUGGGUAGAUUUUUGUUACAGUAUGUUAGUCAAUCAGAACCUGAGGCUGUAAGGAGAAACUUGAAUGUUUGCUGCAUCUAUUCAACCCUGAGCUGACCUUUUUAAAAUGGCCUCAAACCAUUUGUGGAUGGAUGACCGUUUGUUUUCUUUCUUGAGGUCUGAACAUGUCUUCAGAACCACAACUGGUCCCAGUUUCUUGUAGUUCGAGUACAAGAAAGAAGAGUGAGGUUUUUUCCAUUUAAUAUUGGCUGUAGUAUUUUGACUCGUGCAGACCUGGUCUGUUUAACUUGGUCAAGAAAUCCCCACAGAUUAGGUUGGAUGUGUCUCAUCUCAGCCCCUGGAUGAUGGUGUGUUAAAGCCUCCUUUGUGAUCUCAGCCUCAGCUGACCUUCAUACUGUCCCACAGUUCGCUGGCUGUUCGUGUUGUGGGGGACACAAAAAAUGGACUUGUUUUUGGAUGUGAAGCCUAAGUGAAGGCCUUUGUUCAUUGCAGGAUCUCUGAAGCACUUGCAGCAAAAAGGAUGCACAUACUACAGAGAAGAGGUACCUAAAGGGCAUUUAUGUACGGUGGAGUCACAUGUUGGUUGGCAGCCACGCUUGCUUGACCUGUUAGCUUCAGUCUUCGCCAACACUGUCCACCACAAGAAGUGCUCUAACACUAAAUGGCAUUAUGAUUCUGGAAAAUGACGAUUCUUUCUCCUUGUUUUUCUUUUUUUCUCCAAAUAUUGCAUGUGGACGACAGAGCUCGUCCAGUGUAGGUUUGAGUUCAACAACUGUUCUUAGAAGGAUAGCGACUUUUUAUGAGAUGAAAACACUAAAAAAAGUAGGAUGUCAGGAAGUUUGAGGUGUCAUUUGUCCUUCAGUGGCUGUAAACAAAGUGUGCCUGAAAUACUUCACGAGACUCUUCCACACUUCGACGACUCCUCCUCUGGACGGUCUGUGUGAUGAAAAGCUUUGUGAAGAAGCCUUCAUUAAUUCAGAUGACAGAGGACCCAUCGGGUCCACAAACCAAACCUUGUCUUUAUUAGCUUUUUAUUUUUCAACCUGAUUCUGUUUUAUUUCAGGAGCAACAUUGAAACAUGAAUUGGUCUUACUUUCUAAAUGUAUCGGUGACAUUUAACUAUGUGGUUUGAUUUGACUCCAGCCCAGUGUGAGAAAAAAAUAACAAAAGACAAACGUUUAUUUGGCCAAAUGAUGUUUUUAUUUUUUAAAGUUUGUGUGAUGAAUUUGGCAGAUGUGAAGGCAAAUGAAUGUAUAUCUUUGUACAAACCAUUUAGUUCAGAGGACAUGUUAGCAAAGAGACUCAUGCAAGAAAAACAAACCUUUUAUAAAACCUUUUGUAUUAGAACAUUAACAAUGGUAAUUUUUGUAUAUACGAAGGCUAGGCUUUCUGAUUAGCAGAAAGGUAAAACAUUCCUACAUUUUUUUUAAAUGUAUGUCCAUUGAGAAUAAUUAUGGAAACAUAUGCGCAAUGUUUUAUGUGCCUUUUAUUUGGGUUUGUCUAAAUAAAAGAAAACAAUAAAACAUGAUUGUGGACUGUCCAUGCUGAGUCGAUCCUGUGCAUCUCAGCCACACCGAUGCUCCUCUUCAUCAGAGAAACACUCUUCUUCAUCGGAGAGAUGCUCCUCCUUGUUUUUUUUUUUUUAGUUUUUUUUUUUUAAGCUGAGUUGGGUUGGUCGCUGAAGUCUCCGCUCUGCUUUUGUUGGACGUCUCUCCGUGUCUUCACCGGCUCACUGGCUCACAGUUGGCCUGCUCAUGAUGAAAGUGCCUCUGUGACUUCUCUUACUGGAGGGGAUUUGGGGGGAUUUUGUGCCAAAUCAUGGUCUGUAUGUGACGAGGAAAACAUUUCGGUGUUUUUUCAUUCUUUAACUAUUAAACUUGGAAGAUGGGACAGGCUGUGUGAAGUGUGUCUUUGUGAAAGACUGCGAUGAAAAAACA